AACUAUAUAUCAGUACUUAACCUUAGAAUUUUUAAUUUAAGUACUGUUUUUUUCCAAAUAUUUCCGAUUCAUCAAUAAGUUUUAAGUGCAUAAUUUUGUAGCACUGUUACGUAGAAUUUUUUAUUUUUAAUCAUAAAAUGUUACUCUAAUAAUUACAACAGUACACUCAGCAUACUAUUUGCGAAACUUCUGAUGCAAAAUAGCACAAUAUGGAUCCAGAAAUACUUUCAAGACUCAUUCCUCAAAAUAAAGAUGUACGACCAGCCUGCAGGAAAUGUGGCUAUGCUGGACACUUGACUUACCAGUGCAGGAAUUUCAUUAAAGUUGACCCUAACAAGGAAAUUGUUCUUGAUGUGAGUAGCACAAGUUCAGAUAGUGAUGAAAAUUACAUAACCCCACUGACUGAAUUGAGGGAAAAAGAGCUGAAAAAAAAACUAAAAGAACUUAAAAAAAAGAAGAUGAAAAAGAAAAAAAAGCGUAAGAAAAAACAUCACAAGAAAAAAGAAUCUAGUGACAGUAGUAGUGAUGAUGACAGUGACAGUUCAUCCUCAUCAGACUCUUCAUCUUCAGACUCUGAUUCUGAAGACGACCACAAAAAGAGACACAAGAAAAAAAGUAAAAAGACAAAGAGUAAGAAACGCAAAAAACAUAGUAAGCACUCGUCAUCUGAUAGUGACAGUGAAAGCAAUGAAGAAAGACACCGCCGUAAACGCAAAAAAAAAUAAACAUAU